UUUUAAAGCUCAACAAAACUCUGGUAAUCGUGGAACCAAAAACAGCCACAUUACCACUUCUCCUCUCCAUUCCUCCGUCGUCGUACUACAAUGGCGCACGCGAUUUCUUCUCUUGCAUCGUCUAUGCUUUUCAAUCGAGAGCAGCUUCACUGCCGAAACCCUUUCCAGCAGAAUUCGCGUAGCUAUCGAGCUAAUUCCGGGCUCUUUUCGAGGAGCUCCGUCCCAAGGCAUGGACUCCGAGUUCUCGGUUCGAUCUCAGGCGGCGGAUACGGCGCCGUCUCUGAAAAGCAAUCUCCGCCGUCCAAUUACGCAUGGCCGGAAAAGAACAAGAGGCCAAGGGUGUGUAUACUGGGUGGUGGUUUUGGAGGGCUGUACACUGCAUUGAGAUUGGAAUCGCUUGAGUGGCCUGAUGGAAAGAAACCACAGGUAGUCCUUGUUGAUCAAUCUGAACGCUUUGUGUUCAAGCCCUUACUUUAUGAACUCCUCUCUGGAGAAGUAGAUGAAUGGGAAAUAGCCCCUUACUUCUCGGACUUGCUGUCAAGCACCACAGUGCAGUUUUUCAAAGAUAGGGUGCAGGCUUUACAUCCUUCUGAUCAUUUGGGAAUGGAUGUGGCUGCAUUGUCUCAAUCUGCCGGAACUGUUCAUCUUGAAAGUGGCCUUCUUAUUGAAUAUGACUGGUUGGUACUGGCGCUUGGAUCUGAUGCCAAACUCGAUGUUGUGCCAGGUGCAAUGGAAUAUGCAUUACCAUUUUCCACACUUGAGGAUGCUCGUAGGGUUAAUGAGAAGCUAACAGCACUGGAACGGAAGUAUUUUGGCAAAGAUUCUCCAAUUUGUGUUGCUGUUGUAGGAUGUGGUUACUCUGGUGUUGAAUUGGCUGCCACAGUAUCUGAAAGACUGCGAGACAGGGGAGUUGUACAAGCUAUCAAUGUUGACAAAAUGAUCUUGCCUAAUGCUCCACCCAGUAACAGAGAAUCAGCAUUAAAAGUUCUCCUAUCAAGAAAAGUCGAGCUUUUGUUGGGUUAUUUUGUCCGUUGUAUGAGGAGAGCUUCCGAGAUCAGGAGCUCACCUGAACUCGAAAAUGUUCAAGCUGCUCAUGAUACAACAGAACAUGAUCAUGAAAGAUUUAUACUGGAGUUGCAGCCUACCGAAAGGGGCAUAGAAAGCCAAAUUAUCGAAGCAGAUCUAGUUUUGUGGACUGUCGGGUCUAAACCUCUACUUCCAGAAGUAACAACCAGUGAUAGACCCAUUGGUCUUCCUCUUAAUGGUAGGGGACAAGCUGAAACAGAUGAAACUCUUCUCGUUAAGGGCCACCCACGCACAUUUGCCAUUGGCGACUCAUCUGCUGUAAAGGACAAACAGGGAAAAUUGCUUCCAGGCACUGCUCAGGUAGCGUUUCAGCAGGCGGAUUUUGCAGGCUGGAAUCUCUGGGCUGCGAUAAAUGACCGACCACUACUGCCAUUUAGGUUCCAGAAUUUGGGUGAGAUGAUGACUCUUGGGAGAUACGAUGCUGCCAUUACACCAAGUUUCAUCGAGGGCCUUACGUUGGAGGGUCCAGUUGGACACACUGCUAGGAAAAUCGCUUAUCUACUAAGGUUACCGACAGACGAGCACCGGGUUAAAGUAGGUAUAAGUUGGCUGGCAAAAUCUGCUGUAGAGUCUACUGCAUUGCUGCAAGAUACCUUCGCCAAAAUGCUUUCUGGGUCAUAGAAGGCAGACUUGUCUCUCUCGAAGGUAUAUAAGGUUUAAUGUAAUCAUUGUUCUUUUAAAAGUGUUUUGACUUUUGAAGCAUAGUAGCUAAAUUGUAAGUUCAUGUAUACAUGUAAAAUUAUGAAUUUGAAAAGUGUGUAUUUCAUGAAUUUCUAAUGAAAUAUUUUUGUUUUAUGUAAA